UUAAAAAGCACCACUCUCCAAAAAAAGAAUUUGGGAAGUGCUUUAUAAUAUAUCUUGUUAAAAUGGACAGUGAAGUACAGGAAAAAUUAGAAUGAACAAUGUGCGAUAUUUAAAUAUAUUAUACUCUUACAAAAGAACUAUUUGAUUAGGCACCACAUGGUAGCUAUAGGUUGGAAAUUUGUGAGUGAAUACUCAGAAACCCGUCGUCUACUCGUUCAAGGAUGGGUUGGGAGUCCGGCUGUUUGGUGAAAAUUAACUGAUAGGUAUCAUACCAGGACAUAUAUCAAUAUCAGCCGUUUAAAAUGGACAGGCUUGGUGGCCGUGUGAGCCUGAAAUACCUUAGUCUGGUGGUAAUGAUUAUUCAGACCACCGUCUUAGUACUGACAUUGCGCUACUCAAGGACCAGUCAGCAGGAGGGGCCGCGCUAUCUCUCAUCCACAGCAGUUUUCAAUGCUGAAGUGCUCAAGCUUGUGAUUUGCCUCUUCCUUAUGUUGUUAGAAAAAGGUGGUUCGCCCACUGGUCUCAUUUCAAGUCUCAAUGAAGAUAUUCUUCAGAAGCCAGUGGACACCCUGAAGUUGCUUGUUCCAGCAGGCCUCUACACAAUACAGAACAACCUGCUGUUUGUUGCCUUGUCAAAUUUAGAUGCAGCUACAUAUCAAGUAACUUACCAAUUGAAGAUCUUAACCACUGCCAUCUUCUCUGUGAUACUGCUAAGAAAAAAGCUGAACCUUACCAAAUGGCUGUCUCUGGUUGUUCUCAUGGUUGGUGUGGCUUUGGUACAGCUUCCUGACAGUAAUUCCACAGAUGUGAAGAAAAGCCCCAACUUUUCCUCUCAGGUGAUUGGGUUAGUAGCCGUAAUAUGUGCUUGCUUCAGCAGUGGGUUCGCUGGAGUCUACUUUGAAAAAAUCCUGAAAGGUACUAAUCCAAGCAUAUGGCUGCGAAAUGUCCAAUUAGCCAUGUUUAGCAGUGUAAUUGCACUGGCAGGUGUGUACAUGAAUGACAACACUGCAGUGAUCACAGCAGGGUUUUUCCAAGGUUAUACACUGGUUGUGUGGAUCACAGUUGCACUUCAGGCUGUGGGAGGUCUUAUUAUUGCCAUGGUGAUAAAGUAUGCAGACAAUAUUGUGAAAGGGUUUGCCGUAUCUCUGUCCAUUAUUUUAUCAACAUUUUUAUCAUUUUCUUUUCUGGGAGAUUUUACCCCAACACAUUUUUUCUUUGUGGGAGCCACAUUGGUGAUCGUUGCCACUUUCUUGUAUGGGUAUGAACCAUCUUCAUCCAGACUCCCCACUGUCCCAUUAAAAACAUCACCAAUUUGAAAGCCGAAGAAGAAGAUAUGGAAGGUUUUGCAGCAUGUAGGGAGAUACAUGUAGCUCUUUUAGCUGAUAAGAUUGCUUGUGUCUUACUGUUUUAAACAGUUGCACCAUCAGGAGACGUGAAUCGUUCUAGGCAGCCAGCUUUGACAGAGCUUGCUGUUUUUGAUUUAUUGUUGAUAAGAAAGUCUUUUUACUUGGGUUAUUUAGGAUUGAGUGUUCAAUCAAAUUCUCCCUUCCAUCUGAUAAGCUGAGCCAGAAUCCAUACUGACUUCCCCUUACAUCUGUAAGUGAAACAGGUUUUUAUUGGACAA